AUCCUGCCGGCUUGCACGGAACCAUCUGAACUCGGAUGAAGAGACACACAAUCAUGCUGUAAUAAAAAUCAAGGUAAGCAUUAGAAGUAAGGCUUGUUGUAUAAACUUCUCGGGUGUUGUUUAAGGCAUUCAUUUGUGAAAUAAUCGACGUUACCUUGGAAAAACUCGACCAGCUUUGCUUAUUCUAUAAUCGUCAGACGUUCAAGUUUGGAAAUGGCAAGUAGAACCACAUGGUAGAUAAUCCACUGUCUUCGCCACCAUUGCCGCCACUUCAUUUAAAGUCCGGGCACUUUUAUUAAUAUUCCUUAUGGGAAAAAAAAAUCAAAAUAAAUGUUUCCUCACCUAGAGGUUAAUGUAGGGAACAAAAUAUAGUUAGAAAAUUAAACUGAGGCACCGUGAUGAUUUUAUAGAUCUAUUUUAUUUUCUAAUAAAACGAAGAAACGUAUUGUCAAUAAACAGGCCAAUCAGCAGCGGAGGACAUACCGUACCAAUCCUAUUUUUUGUAUUAUGCUAGGAGUUUUUAAACGUUAAGGUGACUCAGAUAAAAGGACCCGCCUGAACUUUUAUUGAUACUAGUCAAGCAGACCUGUUUACCCCCCGGGUUAGUGUCAGAGUAGUUUUCAGGCCUGUUUACCCCCGGGUUAGUGUCAGAGUAGUUUUCAGACCUGUUUACCACAGGGUUAGUGUCAGAGUAGUUUUCAGACCUGCUUACCCACGGGUUAGUGUCAGAGUAGUUUUCAGACCUGUUUACCCUCGGGUUAGUGUCAGAGUAGUUUUCAGACCUGUUUACCCGCGGGUUAGUGCCGUAGUCUUAGGCUCGUCGUAGUGCCGUAGUCUUAGGCUCGUCGUAGUGCCGUAGUCUUAGGCUCUCCUUAGUGCCGUAGUCUUAGGCUCGUCGUAGUGCCGUAGUUUUAGAAAAAAAUCCUGGAUCAUGGAGGUAAUCCAAUCACGCUUGCUGUUGUAAUGUCGGGGAUUGUUACAAGUUUUUAAUUUUUUUCCCCACAGUUUGAUGGUCAAGGAAAAAGAGUGUUCCUGUGCGGAAUUAACACGUGCUAAAAAAAGUGAUCAUCACCAAGACCCCCGAAAAUGACCCCCCUCUGUAUCGUCCUGGUCAUGAUCCUGUUGGCGACAACAAAGUGCGACAAGUGCGAUCCCGACAUUCCAUCACGGAGUCUAAGUAAGAGCAUAUUGCAUGACGUGGCUUUAGGAAGAGUAUCAUCAAGUCCACCAGGGAGGUGUGGGCCAGGCCACUAUCAGGAUGAACACAGCAAUGAGUGCAAGCCAUGUGCAGACGGGACGUUCGUCACAAGGCAGAUGAGUGAAGAAAACGUACUUUUCAGCUGUAAAUUGUGUCUUAUACCAGGACAGGUAAAGUCUAAUCAAGUUAUCUCAAACUCAGUUUAACGGAACGGUCAUAUGAUAUGUAGAAAUAAAAAUGCCGCUUAAGGAUAGUAAGACCACAUGCCCGACUAACGAAAGAAUGAUGAUAUGUUGUUUUUUUUUAAACCUUAAAUAUCCGCGCCCUCUGAGGGUGCAAGAUGCAGUGCCGGAGGAGGGGGACGUAAGGACCCAAAAUAUUGAAGAGCACAAAAACACAACCCCCCCCCCCCAAAAAAAAACAAAAAAACCAAAAAAAAACAAAACAAAAAAAACAGCAACUGUUCGUGGAUGCUGGCACAAGGCUUGUCCUCCACAGUCGUAUCGGGGGAUUUUCUUCACUCUUUCCCGUACUGGAAGACUGGAUUUGGAGGCAAAAAAAUUUAAAAGCUAGGAUGCGUUAUGGAACUUAAUAUCUAUCAAUCUUAAAUUAUUUGGAAAUAUGACCAAAAAUUGAUGCCAAUGGAAAAGUAUGUGUUUAUUUAUCUUAUUUCGCUUAUACAAAUCCUUUAAUGUUUGGGAUAAAUAAAUAGUAAAGUUGUUUAUAUUUUUAAAAAAACAACAAUUUUUUUGGUUGAAAUAAUUUAUUAUUAAUAAUUUUUUUCACCAUAAAAGUUCUAAUGACUUCAUCAAAAGACAAGAAUCGUUGAGAUGCUACACCAUUAUGGCUACUUCGCCAGUUUCCGUCAACUUGUUCAGUUUAAGAACGCUCAUUUUUGUUUAUCCCCAUUUUUAUCUAAACUUAUUCUCAGAACAGAAAAAAGGGGAUUUGAAAAAUUUAACCAAUAUGUUUUUUAUUAUACCGAUCUCAAAUAGUCAUAGAUUAUCGUUCAUGAAAAAAAUACAUUUAUAUGUUGGGUCUUUUAUCCAUUAGUUUCAUCUAUUCUUUUUUUUUUUCGACUGAAAAUAUUACCAUUGUAUACAUAAAAGAAAGAUUCAUCCCGAUGAACUGACCAAUCCCUCCAUCCUAAGCUAGUCUAAAUAAUUGAAAAUAGAUAUAAUAUAGAUAUAUAUAUAUAACCAUAUGACAAGCAACCGUUUAGAUACCUAACGGUCCCUAAUGUGUCCCAAACGUCGCUGAACUCAACCCAGUGUGUAAGAUGGUCAGACACUCGAAGCGAGUAUCUAUUUUCACACGCCAAUACUCAACCAAAUUUAAAUUUAGAAAAAUAAUAAAUCUUAUUUUGUUGAUAAAAUAAAAUUUUAAAAAUAAAGAUUGAUUUAAUUUGUUAUUUUUAGACGCAAUAUUACACAAUUGUUUACCGUUGCUUAAAACUAAUAUUUUGUUUCUGAAUCGAUAUCUCGAAUCCUGAUUAAAGUUUAACAUCCUCACAGUGGUGUAGAUGGGGGGGGGGUGGGGGUGGGGGUGCGAGGGUUAUCGGACCGCACCUGAUGACAACAACCCUAGCUACGUCACUUCAUGCUCACUUCUUGCUAACGUCACUCAUUCAUGUUCAUCCUGAUUAAAGUUUAACAUCCUCACAGUGGUGUAGAUGGGGGGGGGGGGUGGGGAUGGGGGUGCGAGGGUUAUCGGACCGCACCUGAUGACAACAACCCUAGCUACGUCACUUCAUGCUCACUUAUUGCUAACGUCACUCAUUCAUGUUCAAUGUCCCCAGAACGAGGUCACAGCCAUACCCUGCAACACUACACGAGACACGACCAUCCUAUGCCAGCCUAAUUACUACAGAGCCGAAGUAAACCGGAGUAGAUGUGAGUGGACCUGCAGCUUGUGCGGUGUAUGCGGAGUAGGGACCAACACCCAUCUCAGUGACGUGGCUCAGCCGUGCGGCAACUACAGCAAUACCAUUUGCUGCAAAUAUGAAGACAUGAAAACGGUCAACGGCACAUGCGUGGUGAAGCCUACGUCCACAAAAGUAUUGACGCCUGCAACAGAGAUGACCACACCGCCCACCCCGGAGCAGACGAAAUCCAGCUGGAUUGAGGGACAUGGCCGAGACUGGAGCAGCUCCAGCACCGCGAGGAACGCUGCGCCGCGGGCAGUUACACGAACAGACAGAUACACGACCUGCGUCAUAUCACUGGUGUAUUUGAGCAGUGUUUACAUACGUGGAUUACUCUCGUAGUCUCAUUGACUCUAUGACGCUAACAACUUGGUGCUCGUGUACUCACUCAUAUGUGCUAUUUAUAUACAUCCGACCUUAUGGGCAUGAGCCAAACAUUCAUCAGAUGAUGCAAAGCCGGGCAGUGCUCAUGGACACAGUUUAAAUCUUCAACAAAGUACUCAGCUAGAAUGGUCUUUAAAUAUAUAGUCUCAUAAAAACAUUUUGUCAAAGUACCCCUUCUAAUAAUGCAAUGUCAACAUGCGUAUUUCAUAAACUCACUGCCCCCCACUACUCGCACUGCCCCCCACUACUCGCACUGCCCCCCACUACUCGCACUGCCCACCCACAGCCCCCCCUCUCCGACACCCCCGGCCGGUUCGAUCUUCACGUCCCUGUUAAUUAAACACCCCCC